AUGCCCUUUGGCACGGUAGAGGCGGCGAUGAACACGGCGGGCGAAGGAGAUUUUGAGACGAGGCCGGUGGUGGCGGCGGAGAUGGCUGAGGCGCAGUACGUGACUGCGAAGACGGCAGUGUGGUGGGACAUAGAGAACUGUCAAGUCCCCAAGGGUGUCGAUGCUCAUGGAAUUGCUCAGAACAUCAGUUCCGCACUUGAGAAGAUGAAUUAUCGUGGUACAGUCUCAAUCUCCGCUUUCGGCGAUACGAAUCGCAUCCCUCCGCACAUCCAGCAAGCCCUUAAUUCCACCGGAAUUGCCCUCAAUCACGUCCCCGCCGGAGCGAAAGAUGCGAGUGAUAAGAAGAUUUUAGUAAACAUGUUCUGCUGGGCACUGGAUAAUCCCGCACCUGCAAAUUUCAUGCUAAUCUCAGGGGAUCGAGACUUCUCCGAUGCUCUUCACCAGCUGAGAUUGAGACGGUACAAUGUUCUCUUGGCGCAGCCUCGCAAAGCGUCGGUGCCGCUUGUUCACGCUGCGAAGACUGUAUGGCUUUGGACAAGCCUCUCAGCUGGUGGAAACCCUCUCUCACGAGCCGAGAGCUUACAGCUUAUUGCCAAUGCGACGCCCACAGCUUCUGGUUCAACACAGGAGUGUGUUCCAUCAAGCCAGCCUCUGGACUCAAACCCUGACACCAGAAGAAUCCUCGAUAACAAAUUCAAGGUCAAAUACCUACCAAAACCGUCGUCCAAUCACCAGCCUGCCGUGCCAAAGGUUCAGGAAUGCAAGGCUAACAAUAACCAGCGUCAGCAACAACUCGGUCAAGGAAAGAUGAUUAAGAAACCUUACGAGCCAUCUGUCUCCACCGCUCCUCCCGUUGUUGUAGCCACUAGCAAUGGUAACGCGUUCCCUGGUAAUGUGAUGAGUAAUCCUCAGAAUCAGUACAACUAUGCUCCAAGACCUGUUCCUUUUCCUCCUAGACAACCUUACCCUAACGCUAAUCCUUCUUGGAAUAACGGAAACAGCAUCCCGAACCAUGCGCAGAACUACUACCCCAAUGCUGCAAGGCCAGGUCCUCCUAACAUGCGGCCGCCUUACGGUAACGUUUUCCGACCUUAUCGCACAGAGAAUAUGAAUCCUCCUAUGGGUAAUGGUUUCCGUCCAAUGCCUCCUCCGAGAAACGACGGUCCUAGGUUUCCCUCUCCUCCUCUCAUGGCUGCACCUGAUCUCAGCACUCUAUGUGUGUCUCAGUACCCGAGCCAAACUCAAACUCAAACUCAGAAUCGUCCUAAUUUCAGUCCUCAAGUUAGACAAGAAUUCAGACCAAAGGCGGAAUCUUCAUACUCACCUAGCUUAAACGGUACGAAUAAAGGUUAUCUUCCACGGAGUAGUAGUGCCCCAGUAACCAAUACUACCACAAGCACGGGCUACACCAACUCUUCCACUCCUGGAGUUUCACCUUCUCAGCCUCCAGUGGUUACUUCUGGAUCUGGUUCCAGCAAUGGUGUGUGGGGAACACAAGAUUGUCCACCACCGUCUGAGUAUGCACAAGGCCUUAUAGGCGUUGUCUUGCAUGCUCUAAACAUUUUGAAAGCUGAAAAAAUUAUGCCUACCGAGCCUAAUAUCUCGGAUUGCAUUCAGUAUGGAGAUCCAAAGCAUCACGGUACUGAUGUAAAGAAAGCUUUAGAGAGUGCGAAGGAACACCAUAUGAUCAUGGUGGUAUAUAUGGGUAAACUAAAGCUUUACAUCGGCAAAGAUGAAGCACUAUGGAACUGUGUAAACCCUUUAGGGGGCAACGCUAAGCAGUAUCCUAAACCAACUUGGGAUAGAAUACAACAGUUUUUAACCUCGUCCUCUGGGCGGGCGGCGAUUGCGGCAACGAAGUGCAGCUACGAAGCUGCACAAGUUCUGAAGAAGGAAUGCCUAAAAGAGUAUACUUUAGGUGACAUAGUUCAUAUCUUGAAUAUAACAGCAACCUCGAAGAAGUGGAUUACCUAUCAUCAAACAGGAUGGAAACCAAUUACUAUUAACCUUGCUGCUGAGACUACAAACGAGAAAGCUACUGAAACAGGAUGGAAACCAGUUACUGCUAACCAUGCUGUUGCUGCAGAGACUACAAACGAGAACGCUACUGAAACCGUGACAGGUAUCCAAACUGUUGCCUGA